AUGGCCCUGGCAGGGGGUAUCCCCCUCCCUGGCACCGGAGGGACACAAGGGCCACGGCACUUGCUGCAGUCCCCCCCUGAGGAGGACGGGGUGCUCUACGUGGACUACAAGCCCCCUGCCCUGGACAGCAUCCACCUGCCCCGCUAUGUCCUGUACCUGAUGAUGGCAGCAACGCUGGUGCUGGUGGUGGCAUAUGCCAUCGUGGGGCACCUCAUCAAGGACCUGGUGCAUGACUUUGCCGACUGGGCAUUUGGGCCCAAGCCGGAGGAGAAGGCAGGGAUGGCCGAAGGCCCGGUGCUGGAGGCAGAGUGGCUGGAGGACGACGAGGUGCUGGUGGAGCAGAAGGUGGAGGAUGAAGGCAGCGGCCUCCUGCCCGGCACGGACAUCCCGCUGCAGCUGCUCGCUCCACGCAGCUCCGUCUCCUUUGCCAACUCCCCCGAGAAGAGGUUCUUCUAG